AUGAAGCCCAUCCGAGCCCAGGAGGCCAGUAAGCAUGUCAGUUCGAAGUAUCCAGUGAUUGACCACGAGUACGACGCCAUUGUGGUUGGUGCCGGUGGUGCAGGUCUGCGUGCUGCUUUCGGUUUGGCCGAGGCUGGUUUCAAUACAGCUUGUAUUUCCAAGUUGUUUCCUACUCGUUCGCACACAGUAGCUGCUCAAGGUGGUAUUAAUGCUGCUCUUGGUAACAUGCACCCUGAUAACUGGAAGUGGCACAUGUACGACACAGUCAAGGGAUCCGAUUGGUUGGGUGACCAAGAUGCUAUUCACUAUAUGACUAAGGAGGCACCUCAAUCCAUUAUCGAGUUGGAACACUAUGGUGUGCCAUUCUCUCGUAACGAUGAGGGCCGUAUCUACCAACGUGCUUUUGGUGGUCAAUCCAAGGAGUUCGGUAAGGGUGGUCAAGCAUACCGUACUUGUGCCGUUGCUGAUAGAACCGGUCAUGCUUUAUUACAUUCCUUAUAUGGACAGUCUUUGCGACACAAUACUAAUUUCUUCAUUGAGUUCUUUGCCAUGGAUUUGCUGAUGCAGGAUGGCGAGUGUGUGGGUGUCAUGGCCUAUAACCAGGAAGAUGGUACUCUACAUAGAUUCCGUGCUCACAAGACCGUUUUGGCCACUGGUGGAUACGGAAGAGCAUAUUUCUCAUGUACCUCUGCUCACACAUGUACAGGAGAUGGUCUUGCUAUGGUUACCAGAGCUGGUUUGCCAUUACAAGAUUUGGAGUUUGUUCAAUUCCAUCCUACUGGUAUUUAUGGAUCAGGAUGUUUGAUUACUGAAGGAUCUCGUGGUGAAGGUGGUUACUUGUUGAACAAGAACGGUGAACGUUUCAUGGAGAGAUAUGCUCCUACUGCCAAGGAUUUGGCUUCUCGUGACGUUGUUUCUCGUUCCAUGACUUUGGAAAUCAGAGAGGGCCGUGGUGUUGGUCCUGAAAAUGACCACAUCUACUUGCAAUUGUCUCACUUGCCUGCCGAGGUGUUGAAGGAGAGAUUGCCUGGUAUUUCUGAGACUGCUGCUAUUUUCGCAGGUGUCGAUGUCACCAAGGAACCUAUUCCUGUUCUUCCUACCGUCCACUAUAACAUGGGUGGUAUUCCUACCAAGUGGACCGGUGAGGCUCUUACUGUGGAUGAGAACGGAAACGACAAGGUUGUUCCUGGUCUGUAUGCAUGUGGUGAAGCUGCCUGUGUUUCCGUUCACGGAGCCAACAGAUUGGGUGCCAACUCAUUGCUUGAUUUGGUUGUAUUUGGUCGUGCUGUUGCCCACACUAUCCGUGACCAAUUGACUCCUGGUACUCCUCUUAAACCCGUUUCUGCUGAUAUUGGUCAUGAGUCUAUUGCCAACCUUGACAAGGUCCGUACUGCUACUGGAUCCAAGUCCACUGCCGAGAUCCGUCUUAAUAUGCAAAAGGUCAUGCAAACCGAUGUGUCUGUAUUCAGAACUCAAGAGUCUCUUGAAGAUGGUGUCAGACGUAUUACCGAGGUUGACAAGUCUAUUGUUGACUUGGGUACCACUGACCGUUCUAUGAUCUGGAACAGUGACCUUGUCGAGUCUCUUGAAUUACAGAACCUGUUGACCUGUGCCAUGCAAACUGCUUACUCUGCUGUUGCUCGUAAGGAGUCUCGUGGUGCUCAUGCCCGUGAAGAUUAUCCCGAACGUGACGACGUCAACUGGAUGAAGCACACUCUUUCAUGGCAAGACAAGCCCGGUGACCCCGUCAAGCUCGGCUACAGAAACGUCAUCUCCACCACACUCGACGAGGCCGAGUGCCCUUCAGUGCCUCCUGCCAAGCGUGUCUAUUAA